UCCUGCAGGAGGAGGAAGCUCUGGCCUUUGCAGACCCCCUUCUCCUCCUUACAGAAAGUCUCAGGCCAGGCAUGGGACCAUUGGAGAGAGCCAACAGCACAUUCACCAUGGAGAAGACAGCAUUAGAUGAGAAGCUGCCACAUGGCUGGCAUGCCAAGGACUUUGUCACUCCUACCCAGGAUCUCUCUGGGUCCCGCAGUGUCAUGAUGGACAGCACCAAGAUCCUGGGGGUCCAGGUCAUCCUGAUUGCUGCCUACUCCCUCAUCAUUCUGCUGGGGUUCAUCGGAAACUCCCUGGUCAUCUACAUCAUAGUGAAGUACAAGACCAUGAGGACUGUCACCAACUUCUUCAUAGCUAACCUGGCCCUGGCAGACCUGAUGGUGGACACACUCUGUCUGCCUUUCACCCUAGUGUACACCCUGCUGGACGAGUGGAAGUUUGGAGCUGUCCUUUGUCACCUGGUUCCUUAUGCUCAGGCUCUGAGUGUCCAUGUGUCCACUCUCACCCUGACUGUGAUUGCCCUGGAUAGGUACCGCUGUAUUGUCUUCCACCUGGACAGCAGGAUUUCCAAGAGGCUCAGCUUCACCAUCAUAGCUGUCAUGUGGCUGGCAGCAGCCAUCCUAGCAGGGCCUCUGGCCAUCUUCAGGGAGUACCGAUACGAGGAAAUCCCAUCCAUUAACCUCAAAAUGGCUGUUUGCUCAGAAAAAUGGCCCUCUGCUAACAACAGAGAUGCCACCAUCUACAGUCUGUCCAUGCUCCUCCUGCAGUACGUUCUUCCUCUUGCAAUUAUUUGUUAUGCCUACACCAGGAUCUGGUUCAAGCUGAAAAACCACGUUAGUCCCACUUCUAGGAAUGAAAACCAGUGCAGGAGGAGGAAGACAACCAAAAUGCUCGUGAUGGUAGUUGUGGUAUUUGCAGUCUGCUGGCUCCCCUUCCACAUAUUCCAGCUUGCCAUUGAUCUUGAUCUGGUUCUUAUCUUCCAUGAGUACAAACUCCUGUACACUGUCUUCCAUGUUGGGGCCAUGUGCUCUACGUUUGUCAACCCCCUGCUCUAUGGAUGGAUGAACAAGAACUACAGGAAUGGCUUCCUUAUGUUCUUCCGUUGCCAGAACAAGCCCGAAAGCAUCCACACUGAAGGCUCAGUCAGAGGCAGGUCUUACAUCUUCAGGGCCAACACCCUAAAUGGCAGCAUCAAACAGACUCCUGGCAAUGGAGCACUGCCCACAGAGGUUUAGGGAUGGGAC